UCAGCCCGUUCGUUGUCAAGUCGUCAAACAGUUUUAAGGCGGCAAGCAAAGCAAACCGUUGCAAACGGCGGAUCAAAACAAACAAACAAACAAUUUUUCGUGUAAGAGGUCGAGUUAGAGACAUUAGACGCAAUGGGCAGCAGCGACGGUGAAGUGGUGCUCGUGACGGGCGGAAGCGGCUUCCUGGGCCAACAUAUUAUCAAACUAUUGCUGGAGCAGCACAAGGAACUGGGUAUCAAGGAGAUACGCUCGCUAGACAUUGUGCCAUACAGUAAUAAGAUUGGUCAUCCGGAGACGCCGAUGCUACGUACAUUUGUCGGCGAUAUUGGAGGAGAACGUGAGAGUUUGAACAAAAUCUUUGCUGGAGUUGAAAGUGUCUUCCAUUGCGCUGCUGCGGUUGAUAUAUCAUAUCCGCCCAACUAUGAAGAACUGGAACGUGUGAAUAUAAAUGGCACUCGGACUGUGGUGGAUCUGUGCAUACAGCAGAACGUGAAACGCUUGAUUUACAGCAGCUGCACAUCGGUGUGCUUUGUGCCCUUUAAGGGACGCAGCACCUUCUCGGCGGUAAUCAAUUCUACAGAGUCCAAGACGGACACGCCCACGCUGGACAGCUCUAAGCUCUGGGAACAGGAUAGCGAAUUUCUAAUUGCGGGCUAUGCAUCCAGUAAACUGCGUGCAGAGAAUAUUGUGCUCAAUUCCAAUGGAGCACCGCUUCAGAAUCAGCUGGAUUAUCUGGCCACCACUGCAAUACGCGCACCUUUAACUUAUGGCGAAUGUGAUCCACAUUUCAUUACCACCAUCUUUGACUAUUUGUCCACUCGCAAUUGGGUCUUUCCGCGCGUUGCUGGCGUCGGCGGCAAACAACAGCUGGUUUAUGCUGGCAACGUGGCCUGGGGACACAUCUGUGCCUACAAGGCGCUCAAGGUGUCCAGCAAGGCGGUGAAUGGAUUACCUGUAUUCGUCACCGACGACACGGGCAUCAAUGAUGUCUCACGCUUUGUGCAGAAGAUGGCGCUGCUGGGCGAACGCUUCAAGGUCAAAACUAGCUGGUGGUAUUUGCCACACUUUCUGUUCUUCUUCUUGGCCAUGCUGUGGGAGUUUGUCGUGCGUGUGGCCUAUCCCUAUACCAAAUAUCGCAUACGCUACUCACCACGGGCCAUUGCAUCGUAUACCUCAUCAAUGCUCAUGUACAAUCGUCUGCGCGCCUCCAUACACAUGGACUAUGUGCCGCUGUAUGAUCCAGAUACCAGCGCUGAGCGCAGCGCCAAGUGGUACGCCAAAUGGUGGGAUGCCAACAAGCUGGCCAAAAAGUCCAAAAAGUCGAGCUGAGCGUGUACUUGAGCUAUGUUCAUUAUUAAUGUUAUGUAAAUGCUAGCCUUUUGUUAAUUCUUUUGUGUAGGAAAAUUAAAAUAAAUCUGGGUGUUAUCAAUG